ACUCCUCCCUUCUGUCAAAGGACAGGCCAAGUGAGGAUAAAAUGGCAAGUGGGAGCUGUAGGGACAGGCGCAUUGAAAGGAAGCAUGGUCGAAUCUUGAAUGGAAGUAGGGGAAAAAGCAGGAAAUUGUGACGUGUAUUCUGGGCAGGGUCUGAGGUUUUAGAAGUCUUUCUAAAAGGGACAGAGAACGCCCUGCUACAUUUCCUAAUCGUGAAGUUGGCGUGCAGGCAGAAGAGCUGAAGUGAGCUGGCCACGAUGCAGGUGCUUCUCCAGUGCAGAAGGCUGGUCCUGGCUCUCAUCCUCAUCUUGGUUUUGGAUUCUUCAGUUCAAGGUUCACCUGUGAGGAGAGCCAGGUACCAGUGGGUCCGCUGUAAUCCUGACAGUAAUUCUAUAAACUGCGUUGAUGAAAAGGGACCAGAGUUCGACCUACCUCCGGGGGAAUCCAACAGAAUCCUCUCUCCAAGGACUGACCCUUUUUCGAUGACCAUACCCCAGAACUUGAAUGACGUCUUCCCUCUUUCUGAGGACUAUUCUGGAUCGGGCUCUGGAUCAGACUCUGGAAGUGGCUUCUCAACUGAAACAGAACAGGAAUACCAACCAGCAGAUAAAGAUGAUGCUUUCUAUUACAACUUUAGGCCUCUGCCCUCAGACGACCAAGACUUGGGUCGAGAUGGACCAGAAGAGAAUUUUAUUAUGUAAAAAAGGGGGUUUCCCACCUUGACUCCAGGCAAUGCAUUCAGUAUAUCUUGUGUACCAUGGAUAAAUGAUUAAUUUGGGGACAAAAAGUUUUAUAGAAAUUUUAAAACAUCUGAAAAAAGAAAUUUAAGCUUUAUCACCUUUUUUUCUCAUGAAUUCUAAAACCUUUAUACUAUUAUCCUAGAAAAUACCUGCAUUUUCUUUGUAUCACAUUUAACCAACAUCAUGAUGAAAUAAACUAGACUCCUCAUGUCUAUGAAAUUGCUUUAAAGAAGAAAUUACACUGUUUUUUUUUUUAAAAAUUUAGUUUUCGAAGCAAAUCGACGGGCAGUAUUUUAUAUCUAAGUCUUCAGAACCUGACUGUAAAUUAUAGAUAUGCCCUUUUUCUUAUUAAAAAAAAAAAACAGAUAAAACACAAGAUGGAUUUAUAGAGUGGGUAUUUGACAUGUCUUACAGUGUGAAAUGUACUGCUCUAAUAUUACCAUUGGAUGUGUUCACAAAGUUACUAGAUAUGGUUUGUUUAGAAGUAUGAUUGCUAUUAUAAACUUAAGACCCAAAUUAAAGCACAAUUGUGCUCUCAGUGCCUCAUACUGCUUUACCUUUUUCAUGGAUAUCUGUGUAUUUUCAAAUGUUAUUCUAUUAAAGCAGAAAUAUAAUUAAAGAGUUAA